AUGGAUAAUCCUGUGGACGAGAAGACGGCGUCGGAAGGACAAUCUGCCAUGGACGUGUCCUCCGAAGAGAAAGGAUCAGCGGAACAGUCUUCCCCCGAGACAAAAUCCAAGAAGCCGCUCUCUUUCCAUCUGGCCUUCCUGGGCCUGCUGUUCAUGGUGUUCAUCGUGUCGCUGGACACGACCACCCUGGCGGUGGCCAUCCCCAUCAUCGCCCGCGAUCUCGGAGGCACAACCCUGCAGUCCUUCUGGGCCAGCACCUGCUUUAUGCUGGCCGUGUCCGUCGUGCAGCCCCUCUACUUGAGCGGAUCAGACGUACUCGGGCGCAAGAUCCCGCUGUAUACCGCAUACUUUCUUUUCAUCGUCGGCUCGCUCGUCUUCGCCCUGGCCCCGAACAUGGCCACUGUAAUUGUCGGCCGCACUAUUCAAGGGCUCGGGGGCAGCGGCCUUGACGUGCUAAACGAGGUUAUCACCGCUGACAUGACCACUAUGAAAGAGCGCCCCAAGUAUCUCGGUCUGCUGGCUAUCCCCAUGGCUGGCGGCGCCCUGCUCGGUCCCAUUAUCGGCUCACUCUUCACUCAGUACGUUACCUGGCGCUGGAUCGGCUGGAUUAACCUGCCUCUCAUCGGCGCGAGCUUCAUUCUUACCUUCUUCUUCCUGCGCCUGCGCCCCGUCGAGGGCACAUUCCUGCAGAAACUUGGUCUCCUGGACCUGCUCGGCAUGGCCCUGUUCGUGGCUGGCUGCGCCGCCUUCGUCCUCCCGCUGAGCUGGGCCGGGGCUCUCUACUCCUGGGGCUCUUGGCGGACUCUCCUCCCGCUGAUCCUCGGCCUGGUCGUCCUGGCCCUCUUCGUCGUCUACGAGCGUGUUCCCGCGCAGCCCGUCCUGCCCUACCGGCUCUUCAAAUCCGCCACCGCCAUCACCACCUUUCUCGGUGGCUUCCUCCACGGCCUGGUCACCUACACCCUCAACACCUACCUCCCGCUCUUCUACCAAGCCGCCUUCUACGAAACUCCCCUGCACGCCUCCGUUACUCUGCUCCCCAUGAAUGUCAUGUCCCUGUUCUUCAGCUGCGUCUCGCCAAUCUCCGUCAGUUACCUCCGCAAAUACCGCGUGAACAUCUGGACAGGCUGGGUGUUCCUCACGGUCGGGACUGGACUCCUUCACAUCAUCACCCCCGCCUCAUCCGUGCCCUUCCGUACGGGCCUCCCCAUCGUGGUCUCCCUGGGAAUCGGCGUUCUCUUUACCGUCCUUGUUCUUCCGGUGCAAGCUAGCGUUGCCAGCGUCGACGAUACGGGGUUUGCCGCCGGCUUAUUGGUCUUUUUCCGAUUACUGGGCGGGUUAGUCGGUCUUGCGAUCGGGUCGACAGUGUUUAGCAGCGUUUUUGAAAAGUCGAUUAAGGCGCUGGGAACCCUGCCUAGCACCCUAGCCGCGCUGGAGAAUAGUCAAGCCGCGGUAGGGUUUAUUCCUCAGUUGAGGGAUCUGAGGGGACAGGUGGGGAAGGAGGUCUUGGACCAGGUAACAGGCGUGUAUAGUCAUUCGUUCCACAUUAUUUGGAUUGUGUUGAUUGUCUUUGCGGGGGUGGGAUUAGUGGCGUCAUGUUUUACGAAGGAGGUGAGCAUGGAGAAGGAGGAGCUGGGCAGGCAGCGGUUUGAGGAGUCUAAUGCAUGGGCAUCUCACUUGCAUCUUGUCAUCUCCACCCCGACCCCGACCCCGACUCCGCAAGUUCGCGAGUCCGUCACCAAAAGUCUCUCAUCCCCUCCUCACUCCGACCAUUUCAUCCCACACACGCACACCAUGUCGCUACUGCGCUCUAACGGGGUGCUCAGUUCCUGCGAGCCCUGCCGCAAAUCCAAGAUCCGAUGCGACCACGCCGCCCCUUGCGGCCGAUGCCGGCGCAGACGCAAGCCGGCCCUGUGCGUAUACCAACCGGCCCCGAUGUCCAAGCAUCCGAACAGGACGGAUCGCAGCUCCACCGAUUCCAUCUCGUGCGGAAGUGGCAGUAACAUUACUACCAAUACCAGUAUCAGCAGUGCCUGGACGAGCCCGCUGCCUUCUCCCUCGCUAGUCACUCCGCCCUUGCUUCCGGGCCAUCUCCGUGACGGCUACCUCGCCGAUUGUAGUCACCGCAGCACCUCGACCCCCAGCACUGGCGUCUUCGGGCCCACCAGCUACCUAUCUGUGCUGCGCGACGACGUUGACGAUGGCUCGUCCAGUAUAGCCCUCUUUGCUAAAUCCCUGCAGCAAAACACCAGCGCCAUCAUCGACGACAGCCAGAUCCAACUUGGCGCCGAGCUGCUCCUCAUCCUGCUCGAUGAUUUUGCUUUAUACGAACACAUGGCCACGGCGCGGUUCGACCACUGCCAAGGCGAUUUGUUUCCCCCAUCUGCCCUGCGUCUGAUUUUGUCUUCCAUCCGAACUAUGCUGCACGAGGCCAUUUCCGAUCCCGCUAAUCCGCUCCCUUCUCUACUUAUCCUCUCCCGAAACAUUUUUACUGCCUCCUCCAAACCAUUAAUCGUAGACCCUGCCAUGACCCCCACGGAAUACUUUUCCUCUAUGCCGAACCGCUGGGAGAUUAUAGGGCUAGUCUUUGCGGUGAUUGGUUCCAGCGCGUGUCUCCUCCCGCAACACGAUCUGGCUGCAUAUUCACCACAAAACCGUCCCCCACUUGACAAAAAGGGUCUUGCAGCUGUCUGUGUGUCCGCGAGUGAAAUUUGUCUUCGUUUUUUCGACUACACCGGCGUCAUUUCUGAACAGCUGUGUUGGGCGACGCUGGAACAUGCUUCGCUUCUUACCCUGCUUUAUGGGGAUUACGACUACCGUCCCUACAAAACCCUCUCUGCACUCAUAACCCUUCUCUUUACCCUGGGCUACCACCACCGCGAUGCGACAUCGAAACUCCCUUUCUUCCGCGCGGAACACCGCAAACGCCUCGUCGUCGCCACCUAUGCCAUGGACAAAGGGCUCUCCACAUUCUUAGGUCGUCCACCCCGCAUGAUCCGUCGGUAUAUCACCAUUGACCCGCCACUGGACAUAGCCUUCACAGAUAUCAUAGCCUCCACGCCAUCGGACUUCGACCGUUGCCCCGAAACAGCCAAAGUUUGCCUCUUGGUGCACAUGGACUCACUUUAUAAUGAGUUCAUUCUCCAGCGGAUCUUAGUCCAGCGAACGGGCGCCAGCACAGAGAAAUUGAUUGCUGUCGCGCACGAGCUGCUGGACAAUUUGUUGUUGUUGGUUGCCAACCGUGCUGUCGGUGGGGGGGAUGGAAAUUCUGUUGUUUGGAUUAUCUCCUCACUCGGCCUACCCCCCGCCGGUGUCCUGGCUGUCGAACUGCUGCAUCGGUUCCAGAACCGCGACUCCAAUUUUCAGUCAGCAGGGGGGUUUCCCCGCUCGGAAAUCAUCCAAAAUCUGAGCCGCUUUGCUGCGGAUCUUGAGUAUGUAGUAUCCAAGCAGGCGGGGAACUAUGGUGUUUGCCAGCAGGCGAGGUCAGUGAUUAGGCAUAUCCUUGAUCGGGUUUUGGGGGGAAGGGUGCCAGUUGUGGAGGCGGGGGAGGUGGUGGAGGAUGAAAAUGGUAGUGAAAACAACAAGGGAGAUGCGGUAGGGGAAGGGACUGGGCCCGGAUUUGUGGCACGAGAUUGGAUAUCAUGGGAUUUUAAUGCCUGGAUGGAUGAGGAUUCGGAUUUGGUUAGGUGGUUAAAUAGUUUCGAGUAG